UAUAUAUAUAUAUAUAUAUAUAUAUAUAUUUAAAUCUGUCAUACUUAGUAUGUGUAUCACUAAGAUGGUUUUCAUAACAUUUAUUUAUCUGUAGGUGAAUCUAUCAUUAAAAUAAGAGAGAAGGGGAACGCAACCAGAAACAUUCACAAGUGCUCUCUUGUGCAGCAAAGAGAAUAUCUGGGGACAUAUCAAAAUUAAUUAGAGACUGCAAAGUAACAUAAUACAGUGACAGAAUGGACAUGGUUGUAAUAGCUCAAAGCACAAUGAGUGAUGUGAUAUGUAACACAUAAAACUUUUUCCACUAAAUUGUAAACAAUCAGUCACUACAAUAUGCUACUUAAUUUUCAGGUGUAUUGGUAUAUUGCUUUUUGAUUUUGAAUAAAAUCACAAAAAUGUAUGCAAAGAAAUGUCUAUUUGAGCUUUAUUUGCCUUUUAUGGAUUCUGUGAUGAUUAAUUGUGAUGAAGGUAUGCAUCACAAAGGGUUUUUUAACGUUAGAAGAAUGACUAAGUGGCUAGAUGUUGUUUAAAUCAAUGUAUUGUACUAUUUUACUUUGAAGUAACAGCAUCUUUGUCUCAGUAAACAGAAAUAAAUUGGUCUUUUCGCAUGCACUACUUGCUCAACAGCACAAAGAACACAUUAUUGCGCUACUUUAAAGCAGCCCAAUUACUGUGUAGUUGGUAUCCAACAACAUGCUUGUCUAGUACAAUUUGUUCUUGGAAAAAAAUGUCUUCAGUAAGAAAUCUUGUGUUUUUGACAGUGGGCUUGCAUCAAACUGUUGUAAAUAAUAAAACAUAGUUUUAAUUUAAACACAAACACUUCUUUUCCUAGUUGUACUAUUGUGAUUUAAUGCCAUAAUACUUUCUCCAAAAGGUGGGGAGAGAGUUAAAUAGACAGUCAGUCCAAUCAGAGGACAAGGCGUGUGUUUGGAGGUUAAAUUUCAUGUGUUAUCAUUGCGCUACGGAGUACACCUAUCAGCCACACUGACAUCCUCUUCCCUUCAGCUCUUCGGUGGGCGCAAAUGGUCCUGACUUCACUGUGCGUCUUUACGCACCGCUGUGGACCAGUGCGUAGUGGCCACAAGUGAUGUACUCAAAAACGGACUCCUCCGGUUUUGGAUGUUGCUCAUACAACAAUGGAAGGUUGUAAAAUUACAGACGGAUAUAUCCACAAGUCAUCUUUUAGCAUCAGCAAUUUGCUAUGGAGUCGUGAAGACCUCGUGACUGACCGGGAAGCUUCUCAGUCAUCUCCAAACGCACUCUCGUUGCGCACGGAGAAGCCGAGCUUGGUUAAAAACUUUGAAAGCGCGUCUUUGAAACUGUCAACAACACGACACAAAGCAAUGCCCGGAAGCGCCAAACUAUCAGUGAGUACAGAAGAAUCAAAGAAAGGCAUUGCUGAAUCCAACGAAAGCUCUAAACCCGAGAAACCACCCUUUAGUUAUAACGCACUGAUAAUGAUGGCAAUCCGACAAAGCCCAGGGAGGAGACUCACUUUGAACGGCAUCUACGAGUUCAUUAUGGAAAACUUCCCUUACUACCGACAAAACAGGCAAGGCUGGCAAAACUCCAUCAGGCACAACCUCAGCCUAAACAAGUGCUUUGUGAAGGUGCCGAGGCACUACGACGACCCUGGCAAGGGGAACUAUUGGAUGUUGGAUCCCUGCAGCGAGGACGUCUUCAUUGGGGGCACAUCUGGGAAACUGAGACGCAGGACCGGCGCGGGGUCGAGGGCAAAAUUAUCUUUAAAAAAAGGGGGUCGUCUGCAGAACACCAACACAGCAACCGUGGCGUUAGCCACUGCGGGACCUUUCUACUGGCCUGUGCCGCCGAUUUUGCAGCUUCAGUCACCGAUGCGCACCCACUUUGGCACAGGGACCUACCUAGGAGCGCACCCAAGUUUUUCCAACCACGCCACCUCGGUUGUUUCACAACGGUCAAGGCUCAGUGCAACCAAUGCUCCGGACACGGAACGUUUUGUGCAGACGCACCAGGAGAUGUCCUAUAUUGGUGUGAGUUGCGCACAAGCACGCCGCCAUCAAAUUGGCAGCUCAUGCACAACUUUCUCCACGUCCAUGCCCGCGUGUCCUCUACCCUUGUCCGAUCCAUGCUCUUUUAAUAUGAUCACUGGGCAGGCCAGUUACUUUUACUCACAUCAAAUACCCUUCGGUCCGAGUACGGCUCAGGAGACAAGCGCCUUAUCCAAAACCUCUCCAGGACACUUUAUCACAAAACGUUUCUCAGAGCUCGGAGGAUGCUAUAAUGAAGUUCCAAAUUAUUAUCCUCAAGUUAGCCCAUCAUCUUGGAAUCUGGAAAAAUAAUUGGCCUUUAAACAUCAGCAGACAACAAACUCUCAGCAGUGUAGUUUGAGGCCUGCGGAUUUAUGAGUUAGUUUAUUUCAUUUUGGGUGGAAAGACUUGGACUUACACACUUGGGCUUUUUUUUUUUACAUUCUUAAGGUUUGCAACAAUUUCCUAAAAUGCUGCCUAAAAAACAACAUGUUGGGAAUAAUUUAGCACAAAAAAUGAGCCAAUAGUCUAUCAUUUCAAAAGCAGAAAAUAAAAGCCCAAUAUAAAUCUACUGAACCAAAUAAACUGGAUUAAAUAUUUUGACCCAGUAAUUUAAUAGUUUAUAGUUUAAUGUUUUCCUGCAUGAAAAAGUCUCAGUGUUGUAAAAUAAUGAUAGUGUUGUGUAAAUAGAGUGAAUAGGCACCAACAACACACUAAGAUAUUUGUCUGUUAUGUACUGUUAACAUGAAUGUUUAGGCAAAAAAUAAUAAUAAUAAAAAAUGAAACUAAUAACAUAAGUAAAAGACGUAGGCUAUUAAGUGUUGCUUGUGAUUCAUAUUACAAAUGCCAUAUACCUGAAUUAUUGCUAUUUAUGUAAUUAAAACAGCAAAGUAACUGUUGCAUUUUUAAUUG